AAUAACGCUUCCGGCUAUCGCCUCAGCCCUAGUAGUACAGUGCUCUAUUUAAUUUUUAUUUUUGUACUGCAGAGUACCGAACAACUCUUCUGGUUGUAGAAAUGGCAACAAGAGCCGAAGGACGCGGGGACGGUGCUUUCAAUGAGCUGGUGGCACUGCUUCAGCGUAACGAGGACGGCGAAAAACAUGCAGCUGACGUGGAAGUGGAUAUGAGGCGACUACUAAUGUUGGCGCAUGAUGCCCACCUGCGAGACCAAUUUGUACAAGUGCAGGGUGUUCGUCGGGUCGCGCUCAUCGCUAAAUAUGCUACCAAUAUUGGAACAUGUCGUCUUUGCGCUGGGUAGUUGAUCUAUUAUGUGAGUGUAUACGCGGCGUCUAACUGUACACUGAGAUGGUCGCAGGAUCCUCGGAAAUCUAGCGCGCUCAGAGCGAGGACGACUGAGUGCAAGCUCCUGUGACAGGUCAGAAUGGUUGCCUUGCUUUUAAUGUGUUACUUAUCUGGACUAGAUUUGUUGUUGUAUGUGGCGUCUAGGUGGCAUUGUGUCUCGCACCGACACCAAUGUCCACUGUCUAUGCUUCUGGUAAAUACCCAUAGUAGUAAUGAUGAAGAACUGGCACGAAUAAGCGCUGCAGCGCUGCUAGCCUUCUCUACGCAGAACCACUGUCAGCAACACCUAGAUAAACUUACAGGCAUCCCCGUCCUGUUGAAAUUGCUGGAUGUCAAGCAAGCUGACAACGCUGGCACAGAUGUUGCGAUCUACGCGGCUGCGAUACUUUGGAACAUGUGCAAGGCUCCUGCUUUGCUGCUAAAACUUGAGACGAUCUACGGCGUUUUAAAAGACGAGCUGACACGUAAGCUGAGUAACCUGCUUAUCCCGCCGCUUGAACCCUUUCAACUCUUCCUGACUCCAACUGGGGAGCGUGGAAUGCCAGUGUUACUAGAUUUUGAAGGAGAAAACCUAAAUGUCUUGGUCACAGCUUCCAUCUCCACCCAGCUGAGUGUCGUCCUCGCCAUUGAAAACUACGUUGGUCGUACUCGUUCACUCGCCGACCAAUUCCGCCCCAAAACGCCCCCAGCUUCUGCUGUAGUGGCGAGAGGCAGAACUCUAGGUGGUGCAUCUGGAGCUGAACAGAACGCAGGAACUAGCGUUGCUCACUACGACGAAAGUGGAGUACUGGCAUCACGAACUUGCGCUGUCUGUACUAAGCUCAUUCCAGUGAAGCCAUCCAGGCGAAAACGAAACCGACCAUCGUUGCUGUGUUCAAGGGAUGGCUGUGGCCAAGUGUAUCACCUUUCAUGCACUCGUUGGGCGAGUUUACCCGAAGAAACUAUUGCUAACAUCGCAGCAGGAAAAUCAGAUACCCACUUCUACUGCGACGCGUGCGUUCUCGGAAAGCCAUUGUGUUUCUGGGACUUCUUAGCUGCGCACUCACAGCAUGAGUUACUUCUCACAGAAAAUGUAUUCAAGUCCAUUAGAAUCUCACGAAUAUCACCGACGCCAACACCGUUGACAGAGUCUGAAAGCUCGCAAGCCACGGAAAGUCAGCACGACUCGAGUCAGCAUCCUGAGAGUACGACAAGUAAGAGCGUUGCUGACUUCGAUGAAGAUGUAUCAACGUGGCCGUUCAUUAUGUUAUUCGACCGCAAAUCAAACCUUGUGGGUGUUGGUGAAAAAAGGUAUCGUAUUGCUGCGAGCAGUCGGGAUCCUGAGAUGUAUAUCGUGACGGUGAGGUAUGUCACCACUCGAUUUUAUCCUGCAACACGACAGGAACGAGCGAUUCCCAAGAAGGGAGAGAUACAUGCCAACAACGCUAUGACAGAUUCUAAGUGGGAGGUAUCGUACGCGCGCCAAGGAGCUCUCGAAUUGGCCGUCGCACCAGGCAAUUCUGUCUUCUGGCCAGUACCGUUCACACGCGACAUUCAUGCUUUGGAAUACACGCGCCGCUCUCUUUUCGAAUUGGAGAAUGUUUUCAUGUACGAAUUUCAAGGCGAACAGCCCCAAGACAAAAUGUUCUCUAUAGGAAGCAAACUUACAGAUUCUCCAUACCCAAAUCAACCGCCAGGUGAUGAACUAUGGAUGUCUUUAACUCCACGCAAAGGCAUUUGCAUGAAGCUGUUAGCUACUCAGAUCGGUCAUCUCAAGAAACUCCAGGAAGUUUAUAUGAAGAAAUCUGACAAACCGAAAUCAAAGGCAGGGCCAAAGAUACGCAAACCGCUUUUUCCAGGUCAGCAACUGAACAAAAUCGCCGUGGAUUUACCCCCAUUAACCUGAUAAAAUAGAUCGUUAUCAUAAAAUAAAACACCUGCAACUUGUUGAUAUUAAACGAAA